UUUUGUAGCCACACCAAGCGUCCAAAAUGUUAUGCCCGUAUAGUAGUUAUACGUCCUUUAAACUAAGUGUGCUAAUGACAUCUCUCUUUAAGAUUGUCGACUGAAGAGAGUGCGGGUAAGAGAAACCGACUAUCCAAAGAAUGUCGAACUUAAAACUAACGUUACCUCGCUGAAUUAGCAACUUAGUCACACUAUUGAAACGUCCGCGAUAAAACAUUAUUGUUAAUUGCGUUUAAGUACAUGGGAGUCAAGCGUUUUAACAAACGAAACAAAAAAUGCGCUAUUGUGGAGCAGGCUAGAGCAGCCUAGAGCAGCCUACAAAUAUUUUCUUUUAUUUGGAAACAUCGUCACUCGCAUCGCCUCAUCCUAUUGGCUAGAUUUGCUCAAAAUGGGCGGAACAAAGGCGCGAGCGUAGGGAAGCGAUAGUGUCAAAGUCAAACAAACCUGGAGCGUUUGUAUCAGACCAUUGCAACAUCAUCAUCCGCAGAUAACGCCGGUGUUAGGGAGGGGAGAAAGGCAGCAGCAGGUCAGCGUUUGAAUUAAACUCAGUGAAACAUAGCCCGCCGCUGGAUUGAUUCAAGCUGUUCUCAGGAAUCAUGAACUCUCUCUCAAGAAAGAGUGUGCUGUCACUGUGCAGGGUUUUCUCCUAUGCCCAGUCUGCUGAUCUCAUAGGGGCAGUGAGGGUCUGUCAUUCAGGUGUGAGCUCCAAGGGCUCUGUCUUCACCAAAAAGCGUGGUUAUGACAUCACCAGGAACCCUCACUUAAACAAGGGCAUGGCGUUCACCCUUGAGGAGAGAUUACAGCUGGGGAUACACGGCCUGCUCCCUCCAUGUUUCCUCUCUCAGGAUGUCCAAGUACUUCGUGUCAUGAAGAGUUACGAGAUACGCAGUAACCCUCUUGACAAAUACAUAUUGCUGAUGACACUCCAAGACAGGAAUGAAAAACUUUUCUAUCGUGUGUUGACCUCUGACAUUGAGGAAUUCAUGCCUAUUGUUUACACUCCUACUGUGGGCCUGGCCUGCCAACAGUAUGGCCUUGCAUUCAGAAGACCAAGAGGACUGUUUAUCACUAUCCAUGACAAGGGCCAUAUCGCCACCAUGCUAAACUCCUGGUCGGAGAAAAACAUAAAGGCCAUUGUGGUGACUGAUGGAGAGAGAAUUCUGGGAUUAGGAGACCUGGGGAGUUAUGGCAUGGGGAUCCCAGUGGGCAAGCUGGCUCUCUAUACAGCAUGUGGAGGAGUGCCACCCCAGCAGUGCCUGCCUGUGCUGCUAGAUGUGGGCACUGAUAAUCAGACACUCUUGGAUGACCCCUUGUACAUCGGCUUAAAGCACAAAAGAGUCAGGGGCAAAGAAUAUGAUGACCUCAUAGAUGAGUUCAUGCAAGCUGUCACAGACAAGUACGGGAUGAAUUGUCUCAUCCAGUUUGAAGAUUUUGCCAACAGCAAUGCCUUUCGUAUUCUCAAUAAAUACCGCAACCGUUAUUGUACUUUUAAUGAUGAUAUCCAAGGCACAGCUUCAGUUGCCGUUGCUGGGGUCCUUGCUGCUCUGAAGAUCACAAAGAAUAAACUCUCUGACCACAAGUUUGUAUUUCAGGGAGCGGGAGAGGCUGCCUUGGGAAUUGCUCACUUACUGAUCAUGGCAAUGGCCAAGGAGGGUGUAUCUCAUGCUGAGGCCGUUAAGAGGAUUUGGAUGGUGGAUUCCAAAGGCCUGAUUGUGAAGGGCAGAAGCCAUCUGAACCAUGAGAAGGAGGAAUUUGCCCAAGAGCAUCCACACAUAAAGACUCUGGAGGAAGUAGUGGAAAUUGUCAAGCCCACAGCUAUCAUUGGUGUGGCUGCAAUUGCAGGUGCCUUCACUGAAAAGAUCAUCAAGAACAUGGCCACUUUCAAUGAACGACCUGUCAUUUUUGCCCUCAGCAACCCCACAAGCAAAGCUGAAUGCACAGCAGAGCAAUGCUACCAGCUCACUGAGGGAAGGGGCAUAUUUGCCAGCGGAAGCCCCUUUAAAAAAGUGACUUUGGCAGAUGGACGCACCUUCUAUCCUGGCCAGGGAAACAAUGCCUAUGUGUUCCCUGGAGUGGCGUUGGGAGUCAUCGCCUGUGGUGUGCGCCACAUCUCUGAUGAUAUUUUCCUUACCACAGCAGAGGCGAUAGCCAACAUGGUUACAGAGGAGAAUCUGGCUGAGGGUAGACUGUACCCCCCUCUGAACACCAUCAGAGAAGUGUCCUUCAAAAUUGCUGUUAAGAUUGUGGACCAUGCCUACAAACAGGGCAUUGCCUCCUUGUACCCUGAACCCAAAGAUAAAGAGGCAUUUGUUUUGUCCCAUGUCUACAACUCUGACUACGACUCUUUUACCAUGGAUUCAUACAGCUGGCCAAAAGAAGCCAUGAAGCUUCAGAAUGUGUAGAAUAUAAGACCCUCUCCACCUUUUACAAAGUGAUUCACUCAUAUCAGUCACAAGCCUUAAAUCUCAGUUCAUAAUCAUCUUUUGUUAUACACCUCACUCCAAGCCACCCAGUCAUAAAACUGUAGCUGCACUGACUGGUUUCAGACAGGAUGUUGACACGAGAUGCUCUAUAUACAUUGAGGGCUAAAAGUGAUAAAAGAAUGCAAUGUUUAUUAAAACUCAUUAUGUCUUUACUUCCAGUGACCACCAGAUCAGUGGCUCUGAUCAAAGGGGAAAAAAAAUCAGCGGUGUUCAUUUUUUUUUUUCUACUGUCUUAUCCACUCCAAAACUUUGCCAUUUCUUAGAACAGUUAUAAUUCUGGAAAAUGCAAAUAUCAUUGUAGGGAGAUAUUAUUUUUGUACAGCAACUCCCACUAGGAAAAUGAAAUGUUUUGCAGUUUUUUUUUUUCUCUCUCGAUAGUUUCUCCUGUUGUGACAAAGUUUAUGCCAAAGUUUGUCUAAUUUUAAAUGUAUUGUUGUCAAGUAGCAAUGAAUACUGAACUUUGUUAGCUUGAGAAGAUUUAUUUACAUGACCACCUGAGAAGCAAGCUACUUAUCUGUUUAUUGCGGUGUGUGGAAUUGUUUUUAGUGUUUCUCCUCAUUUAGGAACAUGCUUUGCUUAUGUGUAAUGCACAACUUUGGAAUUUGAUUUUCAGAGAUUUUGAAGGGACAGUGACUUUUAAAUAAACAGGAAAUUUUAUUAUUUUUCUUUGUUCUAGUGUAAGACUGUUGUUGAGUUUUGGUCCUAUCUUUUGACUGAGAGUCAGGGUGGUUAUGGAUCUUCAUAGCGGUCCACUACUACUAAACUACUGUGGGUUUUCUGUAAAACUGGAGACAACCAUAAGAGCUCAUAUUUCAACUAUGGAAACUCCAGAUGUUUAUCGCCACCAAUUUUUUAAUUAUUAUUUUCUCCCCAAAAUAAUAGUGACGUCAAUCCGUGUGGCGGACGACGAAUCUCUGUUGCUUCCAUGGGUACUAACAAAUAAAACAAAAUGGCUUGCCUGAGGUGAGGUGAGGUGAGGUAAGGGGGAGAAGGAGAAUAUGUAUUUCUGCAUAACAGUUUUUCUAUAGCAUUUUUAUUUACUUUAAAGGAAUCCAUAUAUGCAAGACAGCAUGUUGGUAUACAACAAGCUAGACACUGUGAUGUUUAAAAAUGAGGACACUGAUGGCUCCUGUCCAGUUUAUCAUGACAAUAUGCACGCUUUUUGAUUAGGACAUGUAUAUAAGACAUCAAUGGAUGUCCCAAUGCCCAUUUUAUACAAAAACUACUUUGAUUAAUUUUAGUUGAUUCGGUGCUUAUUGACUUUGAGAACAGUAGAUUGUAAAUGUGAAAAACUUGAUAAAGUGCCACAAAUAUUCUCCAUUUAUGUAUUUUACAUGACUGAAUCAACCUAACUACAUUAGGUUACCCAACAAAAUUUGAUCAGAUAUAAAUCUAAGGGUAACAUCCGGUAGAAAUAGCUGCUUAAGGUGACAAAUAUGAAUAUAAGAUAAAUAAUAUAAAGCUUUCAGAAGAGCAUUAAUGAGCCACAGAGUCAGAUCCACUAGAAUAAAACCUGACUAUUUAACCAGGUCGCUUGAGUAGGUGGUAUUCUAUCUUGUCCCAAAGAGACGGAGGAUGGAAUGGAUUUCAUCUAAUUCAAUACAGCCUCAUAUUUCACACGUGUCUGUCUGCAAUGUGAGGUGCCAUUAGAUUAAGUACUUGGCACCAUCUUGAAGGGAAGAGUUCAAAUUUAGGGUGCAAAAAGUGUCAUCUCAUGAUUCUAUUAGUCUUUCUUUUCACCCGCUGUAUGCAGAAUUGUUUUUAGGUUUUGUUUCACUAUUUUCUACUAUGUGUUUUUGCAGGGAUCAAACAAUCCCAAACAGAAGCAAUGUUACUAAAUACCAGUCACAUUUUUGAAAAUUGAAUGCCUAUGUGAACAGCAGAGGGUUAAAUCUUUAUUAAUUGUGGAGUACUACUUGAAAUGGCAUGUGCAUAUUUGUUCUUUUUCUGCUCUGUUGCAAAGUCAAAAUGGCUGCAUUACGCUUUUAGGCUAUACUUUUCUGCAUGGAAACUGAAAGGAAUUGAAAAGAGGAACUGAAAGAUUCCUAUCAGGGGUUAGGGCAAAGUAGAGAAUUCAGAAAUAUUCUUGCCUUUUUAAUUGAGAUAUGUAUUUCAUUCUGGAGAAUCCUUAACAUGUUAAUUUAAUAAAUGUGUUGAUUUUGUGAUGUCUGUGAACAAGAAAUGUCUAUGUAUUUAGAAAUGUAGAGCACUUUUCAUAUGUUA